UGCCUCAAGGACGGCAAAGUGUGAUGAUGCUCUCUCUGUACUAGUCGAGCAUGUAUGGAAAGAGUGAAUAUUCAAGCGCUUUCAGAUCAUCAGAAUAGUUCCAAUCUGUCAAAGAGAACAAGCUCCCAAUGUCCCACAUAAGUAGGUUACUGCAAAGGAUAAAGACUGCCAUUUGUUAUCAUCGUUGAAACAGAAGUCAGCCUGUUUUGCACCGGGACACCAAGUAAGAAAGUUGAGAAAGUUUAUCAGAGAAAGUGGACCCUUCAAGCGACUUUUUCGGAUUCCUCAAAAUGGACAAGCUGAAAUGAUUGCUGCCACGCGUUACACUAUCUCCCGGGAUCGGCUCGAGUCAAAGACAUUUUGGAACUCAGAUGCAUCGUAUGUGCGUUAACGCUACGUUUGCUAAUUCAGAUGCAGAAUCAAGAAUAUACCCGGUGUCUUUGUCAUGGCAUUAGCAAGACUCCUGGCCCUGUCCUAUUUGAGCAAUUGUUAGAACUGAAGAACGAGCAAAAUUUUGUUGGAGCAUUCAUUGGACCUGCCCUCUCUUGUUUUAUUUCAUUUUGGAAGAAUAAAUAUCUGGGUUGAGCUAAAUAGCUCUAAUCUUUCAAAGUCAGAAGUUCUCAGCAUCCGGAAUCUCCAUUGCCAUUGCCUCUUGCAGCGCUAACACACGGUCCACUUGAGUCGAAGUGAAAGCUGAAAGAACCCGUCCGCUGUACAUUCCCACUGAAGCACGGUUGUGAUAAAACCAGGUUUUCCAGCCAUCUGUAUUGUAUAGUGGUUCUUCCUCUUAAUUGGUAGGGGAGUUGAGAAUCUCCACAGGCUUAAAGUCAAUCUGCUCUUGCUGAUGCCUGCAAGGUGUCUCUCUUUCAGUCAAUUUCCAUAGCAAAGUACCUGAGAAAGAAUGCCUACUAAGGCAAAAGAAGGGUGCUCAGGAAACAAUAAGACAGAUGCAGGAAACGAUAAGAACUUGGACCUGAGGCUCAGUCCUCCUGGAGAAAGUUUUAUUCAUGGAGCCAAAAGGGUGUUUGAAGACACUGUAACUCUUAAAGCAAGAGAUACAAAGCUCUUGCAUAAACACCCCUGCCCGAAGGCCCCUUCGACCAACCAAAAGAUUGAGGAACUUGCCGAUAGCAGGACAUGCUGGCCUGAGACAACAACUUUGGCUCUUCGGAGAGUGAUCCAGGAACUGAAGACGCAAAGCAGUUCUUCAUACAAACCGUUCUCUUUGACCUCCCCGCCGAAAGUGACGGUUGGGAAAUCUUCACAAGAGGGUGUCUUUAAUGAAGCAGACUUUCUCAAUCUAAACAGUGAAGCCCUUUCAAGUCCUGUUAUUCUGACAGGAAAUGCUCCGAAAAGAAUUCCGCCUGGUCCAGUCGUUGGGUGGCCGCCAAUAGCUUCCUUCAGGAAAAACGUUGCAAACAACUUCUUGUGCGGGCAAACUCCUGAGUUGUCAUCAAAAAACGUUGGGAAGCAGGACAAUGGUGAACGUCAAUCAGAAGAUCCAAACCAGCACAUGUUUGUAAAGAUCUACAUGGAUGGAUUCCCAAUAGGAAGAAAACUGAACCUCAAAGCCUAUGACAGUUAUGAGAAGCUCUCUGUUGCCAUUUAUGAACUCUUUAGAGGCCUUCUUGCUGCUCAGAGUGCUAUAGGUGAUGAGACUAACACCGAGAGAGAGGACAGGAAGGCUGAAAAUGGGGAAUGCACUCUAGUUUAUGACGAUAAUGAAGGAGACAGGAUACUUGUUGGCGAUGUUCCGUGGAAUAUGUUCGUAUCUACUGCCAAGAGGCUGCGCAUCUUGAAGAGCUCGGGCCACACAGCUUCCCCGCCAUUUGUAAGCAGUGACCAAGGAAACACACCUCUUGAUUCAGCAGCAACAACUGGAAAAUGAGGGAGACCUUGAGCUGAACAUCAGGACUUCACAAAUUCAAGGACUUGUAUAUCAUGCUUCCUAGUAUAUUUUUUUUUUUUUUUUUUUGGACUGUCCAUAAAGCUAUUCUAUAUGUUUGUGUGUUUUUAGUUCUUGUCCAGCUAUUUGUACAUAGCAUAUGCAGUAGUUUAUUAGGACUUAUCAGCUGAAGCAUGUAUGCAAUUACAAGUAGUUUGUUAUCUGCUACAAAUAAAAUUCCACUCAACAGAAUGGAUUUCAGUGUUUAUA